AGACUUGAACAGAAAACGAAAACCUCGUCUCCUUCCCACGAGAGGGAUUUUCCCAUAAACGAAAAGCCCUGACCCCAAAGCCAUUUUCUUUCUUUUAUCCCUCUCUCAUGUCAUAUCAUGCAUUGCAAGUAGUUUAGAGAGAGAGAGAGAGAGAGAGAGACAGAGAGAGACAGAGAGAGAGUCCUUUAACCCCUUCUCACUUCUCUCUCAGUUCACCCCACGACAUUUGUUUUCCUUCGCCAGCUCAUUUCAUUCAUUCAUAUUCAUUCAACCCCAUUACCAACCAACCUCUUUCUCUCUCUAUCAAACUCCUAACGCUUAAAUUUUUUUUCUUUUCUUUUCUUUUCUUUCUCUUCUAUCUACAAGACUACAACUUUCAACGUUUUCCUCCACCAGAUCUCUCGGAAUAAAUCCAUGGAGAUGCGUGCCUCUUAGACCCUUUUAAUUACUUGCCUUUCUUUGUGGUUUUCUGGGCUUUUUUGAGUUUUUCCUCUUGUUCCCAAUAGAGCCCAUUAUCCGUCACCCAGACCCAUGUUAUUUUCCUUGAUUUUAUAGCUUUUCACUGGCUUUCUCUUCGAUUUCUCUCUGAAAAGCCUUGUGGGUUUUCUGGGUUUCGAUCGAAAACCGUUCUUUUCAGAGAGAGAAGCGAAAAAAUGGCGAAUGGAGUAGAGAGGGAAACUGGGUUGCUGCUAUUUAGCGAUGAUGAUCUGAGAGAGAUGAGUGGGGUCAACAGAGGCUCGGACCAUAUAGAGGUCACGUGUGGCUGUACCAGCCACAGAUAUGGUGAUGCUGUUGGGAGGCUUAGGGUUUUCGUCAAUGGUGACCUGGAAAUCACCUGUGAAUGCACCCCUGGUUGUCAGGAAGACAAACUGACUCCUGCUGCAUUUGAGAAGCAUUCUGGAAGAGAGACAGCUAGGAAAUGGAAAAAUAAUGUUUGGGUAAUUGAUAAUGGGAAGAAGGUUCCACUGUGUAAAACAGUGCUGCUCAAAUACCACAACGAGGCAUCAAAACAUGCUAAUGCUUCCCACAGAUCUAACAAUGGACGGGCUUGUCACCGUGAUGAGUUUGUUUGCUGUACUAGAUGCAACAAGGAGCGCAGGUUUCGUCUCCGGACAAAAGAGGAAUGCCGGAUUCACCAUGAUGCUUUAGCUGAUGUGAACUGGAAAUGUGCUGAGCUGCCAUAUGACAAAAUAACAUGUAAUGAUGAAGAAGAACGAGCAAGUCGAAGAGUAUAUAGAGGCUGUACCCGUUCUCCAACAUGCCAAGGCUGCACUUCUUGUGUGUGCUUUGGCUGUGAAAUCUGUCGUUUCUCAGAUUGCAGCUGCCAGACUUGCACUGACUUCACAAGGAAUGCAAAAACCUGAGUAACAAUCGGGGGUCCUGAUAUUCUCUUUUCAUCAUAUGGGUUAUGUGCACCAAUUAUAACUUCAUUGAGAGAACGCCCACCACCUCCCAUUUCCCCGCAUUGAAAAGAAAAAAAGAAGCAAUAGAAGCAUUGAAAAGCAGCCUUCAAUAACAUUCUCCUUAUAUGUUUAAACUUGUUUCCAGUCACCUGAGUUCAAUGUAUGUUGUUCUCGUGACUGCUUCAGAACCUUCUAAUUUAAUGAUUUAUUCUCAUCAUUUCUAUU